GAUACCCGGGCCGCUCGGACUCCCAGAGUUCCUGUGGCAUUCCUGACGACCAGUCUUCCGAAAUGGAACUGUCCUUAGAAGAAGGGAGGAGUUCUCUAUCUUCAUCGAGCUGCACAUCCUCCAGCCGCCCAGACUCGCGGAGUUCCUGUGGCAUUCCUGACGUACGGUCUUCAGAAAUCGAGCUGUCACUGGAAGAAGGGAGAAGUUCUCCAUCUUCAUCGAGCUGCACAUCCUCCAGCCGCCCAGACUCGCGGAGUUCCUGCGGCAUUCCUGACGUACGGUCUUCCGAAAUCGAGCUGUCACUGGAAGAAGGGAGGAGUUCUCCAACUUCAUCGACCUGCACAUACUCCAGCCGCCCAGACUCGCAGAGUUCCUGUGGCAUUCCUGACGACCAGUCUUCCGAAAUCGGGCUGUCCCUGGAAGAAGAGGGAUGUUCGUCAGCUUCAUGGGACCACACAUAUUCCUGUCUCCCACUAGAGAACAGUCCACUGGAGGCUCAUGCUGAUCAUAGCUACGCCCUUCCUCAAAAUGCUGUUCCUGCUCACGAGUCCAGCGGAGACAUGGCUGACAUGGCGCCGUCGAUUUAUGGACCGUCACCUGAGGACUCUCUCUCUAGCAGUGCCGGUGUACUUUCUCACAGAGCAUCAAGCAAGGCCCGCAGCACUGACAAGAGAAAGAUGGACGCACUGAGGGCCAAGGUACGACAGGUCCGAGAACAAAACAAGAGGCUGCAAAGAAGGCUGCAACGACAGCGUCAGAUGAGGACUGUUGCUGAAGUUGUUGAGAGUGUCCGCAUUCAUGUUUCUCCAGCUGUCGCUGCACUCGUUGAGGCCCAGCUUAGGAUGAGGGAUGUGAGCCGGUUUGGUCGACGGUGGUGCAGCCAGAACAAGGCUUUGGCUUUGGGCCUCUACUUUCAUAGCCCAAAAGGCUAUAAGUAUUGUAGACGACUGCUUCGGUUGCCAUCAGUCCGAUCACUGCAGCUGUGGCUUCAGCGUGUUCCACUGAGAGUUGGAUUUUACCCCGAAAUUUUCGAGCUGGUAAAGAGGCGAGCGACUUCUUUUUCACGAGCCGAUCGAGCCUGCAGCAUAGUGUUUGAUGAGAUGCAUAUUAAAAAAGAGCUCUCAUACAACCCCUCAUCUGACAGGUUUGAAGGACUUGAAGAGUAUAGUAAUGGUGUGCAAGGUGCGAACCUAUCAAACAAGGCUCUCGUGUUUAUGGCAAAAGGAAUUCGAACACCAUGGAAGCAGCCACUUGGCUACUUUUUCGCUCAUAAAGGCACACCUACGAAUGUCCUACAAGAUCUUCUUUUCCAGUGCUACAGCCUCCUUGUGGAUGCUGGCCUGGAGCCAGUAGCUGUGGUAUGCGAUCAGGGGAGCCAAAACAUCUCCCUUUUUUCAAGCCUUAUAACCCCCGAGAAGCCUUACAUAGAUGUCAACGGCAAACCUCUUUUUUUCCUUUUUGAUGCUCCGCACCCCCUGAAGUGCCUCAGAAACAUGCUAUUUAAGUAUGACUUCAAGGUUUGUGAUCAAGUAGUAAAAAGCUCGUACAUAAAGGAAGCUUAUGAAAAGGACCGGAAACUUGAGAUCCGUUCGAUGCCCAAGCUGAACGCAAAGCACUUUGAUUUGACGUUCUGCUCAAAGAUGUCGGUGAAACUAGCGGCCCAAGUUUUUAGCAACCAUUGUGCUGCUGCAAUGUAUGCCUUCGUAACGUUCCAGCAAUUGCCACCUGCAGCUAUUCACACAGCGAGAUUCGUUGAAAGAAUCGACCGUCUCUUUGACAGCCUAAAUAGCUCCCACAAAUCGGCAAAAACGCCCUUCGCCUCUGCGAUGCAUAAUGGCUCUGUCCAUGAAGAGUUUUUCAAAGAGUGCAUUGAAGUUUUUGAAACCCCGCAAGUACUCGGAUGUAGACGGCAGCCAAACUGCAUUCGUGGCUUUUGCUUAACAAUGAGGUCUCUGAUGAUGCUCUGCAAUCACCUCACAGUUAAUUUUGGUUUCACCUACAUUUUAACCCGCCACUUAAACCAGGAUACGCUUGAAAACACCUUUGCUAUUAUACGUUCGAAGUCUGGAGCAAACGCAAACUCUACUUCUCGUCAGUUUCAGGCAGCGUUCAGACAUCUUUUGGUAAGCAACUUGUUCAAGCUGACUGAAAAAUCAAACUGUGCUGAGGACAUGAUGUCCCUCCUUGCUACUCUUCCGGUAGGCCUAUCGGCACCCUCUGCUUCUCUACCCUUGGGAAGCUCAGUUUUCCUUAGCGCAGCAGACGAGUCGCCCUUAAACUACCCUUCGGCCAUGGUAGCGAACAACAUGGUUUAUUUUGCUGGGUGGCUUGCGACAAGAUUUUUGAAGGGUCAUUCUUGUGUCGGGACAUCUCAGCGAUGUGAGCUGAAGAAAGAAAAUGCAUGUUUUUCUGAAGGAAACCAAGUUUUACUGUACUUGAGUGUGAAAGGCACUGCUGACUCGGACUUUGGAAACCUGUCAGUUCCCUCCCCUUCCUUCACAUCAUUCGUUGAGGCAUGUGAGCGUGUUUUCGAGGCGAGGAUCAACAACCUUAUUUCAAAGGAGGGCAUAGGGCGCACUCUUUGUGUACUUUUUCAUCAGGAGGUCCAAAAGUCUCUUGUUGUGUGUGACAAUGUGUAUGACGACUUGUUUUCUCUGUUUGCAAGAGUCAGGCUACACUGGUUUGCACGAAAAAAAAACACUGAACUUGUUGAUGCAUCAGCAAGGUGUAAAACUAGGCAGCACGUGCAAAGGCUAAGCUCUUGAGACUACACAGCGUACAUUUUAAAAGUAGUAUAUGUGCUUUCCUAGCCUUUCGUAUGGUAUAAAAGACUAUUUUCGUUUGCUCGAUAUUUUGCAACGCGUCUCGAAAAAAUCUGGCGGGCGCACAAUUUCGCGAUCUAGAACAAUAUUUAUUGCUUUCAUAUCCUUGGACUGAGUCAUUUUUCGCGAGGUUUUUCAACUUGUGAAAUUAUUAAAUAUUAGGUCAUCGCGAAAGUCAA